AUGAAGUUGUGCUUUGUCUUUCGCAGUCGAGCUAUCAAGACGAACCAGGAUCUCCUGCCGGAGACGCCGUGGACCCACAUAUUCUACAAUGACUUCUGGGGCACUCUGCUCACGCACAGCGGGAGCCACAAGUCCUACCGGCCGCUCUGCACGCUCUCCUUCCGCGCCAACCAUGCGCUGGGCGGCAUGGACCCGUGGGGCUACCACCUGGUGAACGUGCUGCUCCACGCUGCCGUCACCGGCCUCUUCACCAACUUCUCCCGGAUCCUCCUCGGCGACGGCUGCUGGACCUUGAUAGCGGGCCUGCUCUUUGCCUCCCAUCCCAUCCACACCGAGGCGGUGGCCGGGAUCGUGGGCAGGGCGGACGUGGGCGCCUGCCUCUUCUUCCUGCUCUCGCUCCUGUGCUACGUGAAGCACUGCUCCACGAGGAGCUCCUCGGCGAGCACGUGGGGCUGGAUGGCAGGCGCGGGGCUGUGCGCGGCCUGCAGCAUGCUGUGGAAGGAGCAAGGGGUGACCGUGCUGGCCGUCUCCGCGGUCUACGACAUCUUCGUCUUUCACUGUCUGAAGAUGCACCAGGUCGUCCCUGCUUUGUGCAAGAGGAAGAAUUUGUCCCUCUUCUUCAGCAUUGCGUUACUGACCUCCUGGGGGACUGCGCUGCUGGGUGUCCGCUUGUACUGGAUGGGCAACAGACCUCCGAGCUUUUCCAACUCGGACAAUCCGGCAGCCGACUCGGACAGCUUUCUCACGCGCACUCUCACCUUCUUCUACCUGCCCACCAAGAACCUUUGGCUGCUGCUGUGCCCGGACACGCUCAGUUUCGACUGGUCCAUGGAUGCCGUGCCACUUCUCAGGGCCGUUGGCGACUGGAGGAACCUGCACACCGUGGCCUUCUACGCCGGGCUCCUCCUGCUCGCCUACGCCGGCCUGAAGGGCCCCGGCGGCGGCGGGACAGAGUGCAACGGGAAGGCAGCGAUGAACGGCAAGCAGAGCACCAACGGGCACAGCUGCCACCCCGAGACGGACUGCAGGGCGCUUGAGGUGAAGUCCUGCCUCGCAUCGAAGGAAGAGAAUGGUGUGAAAAAGCCCGGAGUGCAGAAGCUACCGCUGCCGUCGACCGAGAACGUUGUCGUCCUGUCUCUGUCGUUGUUAGUGGUGCCCUUCGUUCCUGCCACCAACCUGUUUUUCUACGUUGGCUUUGUAAUAGCAGAGCGUGUGCUGUAUGUCCCUAGUAUGGGCUUCUGCCUGCUGGUUACAGUGGGUGUCAGGGCCCUUUAUGUCAAAGCCCAGAAGCGCUUUCUGAAGAACUUGGUUUUUUGUUCCACUGCUGCAUUAAUCGUUUUCUAUGGACUCAAGACUGUUGUCAGGAACGGGGACUGGCAGAAUGAGGAGAUGCUGUACAGGUCAGGGAUAAAAGUAAACCCUGCUAAAGCCUGGGGUAACCUGGGGAAUGUCCUCAAGAGCCAGAGCAAGAUCUCCGAAGCCGAGAGCGCCUACAGAAACGCCUUGUACUACCGCAGCAACAUGGCCGAUAUGCUUUACAACUUAGGAUUGCUACUUCAGGAAAACAGCAGAUUUUCAGAAGCAUUACAUUAUUAUAAACUGGCAAUUGGUAGCAGACCUACAUUAGCUUCUGCCUAUUUAAAUACUGGUAUCAUCUUGAUGAACCAAGGGAAGCCAGAAGAAGCCAGAAGGACGUUCCUGAAGUGCUCGGAGAUCCCGGAUGAAAAUUUGAAAGAUCCUCAUGCCCAUAAAAGCUCUGUUACGAGCUGUCUUUAUAAUUUAGGAAAACUUUUUCAUGAACAAGGACACUAUGAGGAUGCCCUUACGGUUUACAAAGAAGCAAUACAGAAAAUGCCCAGGCAAUUUGCACCACAAAGCUUAUACAACAUGAUGGGAGAAGCCUACAUGAGAAUGAGCCGGCUACCGGAGGCAGAGCACUGGUACGUGGAGUCCCUGCGCUCCAAGAGCGACCACAUCCCAGCACAUCUCACCUAUGGAAAACUCCUGGCUAUGACGGGACGCAAGAGUGAGGCAGAGAAGUACUUUGUGAAGGCUAUUCAGCUGGACCCUACCAAAGGCAACUGCUACAUGCAUUAUGGUCAGUUCCUCCUAGAAGAAUCCCGCCUGAUAGAAGCAGCUGAAAUGGCAAAGAAAGCAGCUGAACUAGAUAAUACAGAAUUUGAUGUUGUUUUCAAUGCAGCCCAUAUGCUCAGACAAGCCAGUCUCAAUGAAGAAGCUGAGAAGUAUUACAAAAUGGCAGCAGCAUUACGACCUAAUUAUCCAGCUGCCUUAAUGAAUCUUGGAGCCAUUCUCCAUCUCAAUGGUAAACUCAAAGAGGCUGAAGAAAACUACCUCCUUGCUCUUCAACUUAAACCUGAUGAUGUCAUCACUCAGUCCAAUCUUCGCAAACUGUGGAAUAUCAUGGAGAAACAAGGUUUAAAGACAUCCAAAACAUGAUGCUGAGAACUCAGUGAACUUUCUUUUUUUCUUGAACUCAUCAAGUCCUAAGCUAGAACUUCCAUGAAGCUGUCCAGUCACAGAACUCAUUGGACUUGACUGCAAGGGUCAGAGGUUUGUAUUGCUGCUAGGAGAAGCUGUUCUGCUUUUUUUGGCAUAGUUUGUUUUUUGCCAGAUAAAAAGAAAAAAAAAAAAAGACUUUUUAAGGAAUUCGUAAUGGACUGAGGUGUUACCCCACAAAAAUAUUUAGAACUCUAGCAUUUAAAUGAGGGUUUUUUGGCAUACUUGAUAAACCAUUGCAAGUCCCAUAUUGCUCAUUGCUGUGUGGGUACUUAAAAUGUAUACUGUUGUAGAAACACUAAGGGAAUAUUGUACAGUAUACACUAGGCAAUAUGGGAGUGAAAAGUGGUAAUAGUAGGUUAACAUAUUUUGCUCAGACUGUAACUCAUUAAAAUGUAUACUAAAUCCAGCGUGUUUGCAGUUUGUCUUAAUGCUGCUGUAUCUCACCUUAAGACCACUUGCUUAUCAAUUUCACAUCAAUUUAUAUGACCAAUUUUCUUUUUUUUUUCAAACUUGUCACUUGUGAUUAGAUGACAGUAUUCAAAAUUUGUUUGCUGAGCGUACAAUUACAAUUUCAGCUUGUUAAAAGUUGUGAUGAAAUAUUUUUUAGGAUACACAGUCUAAUGGCUGUGGGUUAGAAAGAAGGACAGAUAUGUAGACAUAAAGAAAAAGAAGUUGCAGGUGUUUUUUAAUAUCUUGGCUUAUCAAUACAAAAAAGACUUAUGUUUGCCCUGAUACUAAAUGAGUCUGAUCAGUCUGUUAUCUUAAAAAAAAUAAUAGUAAUUUGGUAUUAUAGAAUAAUAUGUUGGAAUCCUUUACAUUGCUACCAGAUAAGACUGGGUUUAAACUUAGCCAAAUGAGAUUUGAAAAUAUUAGUGCUUUAAUAUGCUUCAAAUGAGAUUUCAUCAGCAACUUUGAGUAAAAGGAGUGAGACACACUGAGGCUAGCAAGUAGCUGAAGGGACUGGAAUUUGUUGGAUCAUGCUCAGUGUAGACAAAGUAGAUCAACAGAAAAAUAUAAAAGAUUGUCAGUUACUUUUCACAGUGAUAAUAUUUAAAAAAAAAUGUUAUCUAUUCAGAUUCUAAGCAAAUGCUAGAAUUCUGUUUGCAUUCUGACAUGCAUACCCACAGCAAAGCUGUCAAAUAUCUAAAUAUACUUUUGGUGAGUUUUGGU